UGUGGCAGCAGCCUCUAUGAGGUGUGAGCAUUGGCAAUAGAGAGCUCAGUAUUAUUUAUAUUUUGUACCAAGGAAAAUCUCUCACGUUUGUUGCGAGAAAGGAAAAACAUUUCGGUGUCUCUGCUGUUGUUGAAGAAAAAAAAUCACGUAAAUAGAGUAAUUUUCCUUGGCACGCGAUUGUGAUGAGAAAAUUAGGAUUAUUCGUCCUGAAUUUUCAGGGAAUGGCUGGAUUUGCAGCGCAAGCAGCUCUCCGGUCCAAAUGGGGUGAUCUCGUGGAUUCUGGCUCCGCGAGCCUCCCGGAACCGUCAGAGAUGUCUCAAAGUCUCAAGAAUGUCGUCGGUUGGCUCAAACAGGCAUCAAUUGAGGUGAGAGAAGCCGGCAAGAGAGCCGUAACGACACUCCAGAAUACUCAUCCAACGACAGUUUUGGGUCGCAAAGACGGCGUCGGUAUGGAUGGGCAGGGCGCCCCGGAGAAGGAUGUCGCCGUCUCGUCGGUGGUGCACUGCAAUAGUCACUCGCCACACCACCGUGAGACCCCAGCCGCAUCCAGGGACGUCAUCACAAUCCUCCAUUUCAACGACGUGUACAACAUCGAGCCGAACUCGGCGUCAGAACCCAUUGGGGGCGCCGCGAGAUUCGCAAAGGCCAUCCAAAGCUUCAGCGACCUAAAGCCACUGGUGCUCUUCAGUGGUGAUGCUUUCUCACCCAGUAUGCUCAGCACCUACACGCAGGGCGAGCAGAUGAUCCCCGUGCUCAAUAGUGUCAAUACAAAAUGUGCCGUCUUCGGAAAUCAUGAUUUUGAUCAUGGUCUGGAUGUCCUGUCCAAGUGGGUGAAUCGCUGCCACUUUCCCUGGCUCAUGUCCAAUGUUGUGGACAAUGAAACAGGACGUCCCCUGGGCGAUGGCAAGAUCACACAUAUCAUGCGCUAUGGGGAGCAUAAAAUUGGUCUUGUGGGGCUUGUGGAGCGUCAAUGGUUGGAGACGUUGCCCACGAUAGAUCCCAAGGAGGUAACCUUCAUUGACUUCUCCAAGGCGGCCCAUGAGUUGGCGGCUGAGCUGCGAAAGGAGGGAUGUGACAUUGUUAUCGCCCUCACACACAUGCGAACGCCCAAUGAUGAGGAAUUGGCGCGGCAAUGCCCGGAGAUUGAUCUCAUCCUCGGUGGGCAUGAUCAUGUUUUUGAAGUUAUUAAGGUCAAUGGCACUAAUAUCGUAAAAUCUGGCACGGAUUUUCGGCAAUUCUCCAAGAUCGCCAUUGAAAAUGAUCGCGAUGAAUGCGGGCGAUUGAAGAUGGAAAUUGAGCGAGUCGAUGUGACGUCUUCGUAUGAGGAGGAUGAAGAUUUGAAGGCUGAACUCGAUCGCUACUCCUCGACAAUUGAGUCGAAGAUGAGUGAGGUUCUUGGCACAUUUUCCGUUGAGCUCGAUGGGCGCUUCUCGCAAAUUCGCACAGCUGAGACAAAUCUCGGUGAUUGGGUUUGCGAUGUGAUCCUAUCGGCAACGGGUGCUGAUGUGGUGCUCAUCAAUUCGGGAACAUUUCGCAGUGAUCAAAUUCAUCCAGCUGGUCCAUUUACAAUGCGUGACCUCGUCAAUGUUGUCCCAAUGCGUGAUCCACUUAUUGUCCUCGAAAUGUCCGGAAAGGUGCUGCUGCAGGCACUUGAGAAUGCCGUCUCCGGGUAUCCAAAGCUCGAGGGGCGCUUUGUGCAAGUUUCCGGGCUGUCGUUUGUCUUUGAUCCAUCCCAACCACCUGGGAGACGUGUUGAGGAGCGCCUUGUACGUGUGGCUGAUGAAUGGCUCAAACUGGACCAGAAUUAUGCGGUUUGCAUUAAGAAUUAUCUCUACAGUGGCUGCGAUGGGUUCACCAUGUUCAAGGAUUGCAAAGUUUUGCUCGAUGAGGAUUCAUGUCCGGAAAUUGGGCUAGCUAUUCAGAAUCAUUUCAAGGCGAUCGAUGUGCGAAUGGGCAAAGGACGCCCAUCGAAGCACAGACAGAGUCUCGUUACUCUCUCGAGGCGCCACAGCACCGUCCAGAUGAUGGAUAGUAUGGAAUUAGAUGGCCCAACGCCUGUGCGAAGGAUUUCACUGCAAAAAUCCAUGGAUAGUGUCCCAAAACUCCUUCGCAGGACCUCCUUGGAUGACCUGGAGCAGACAAGCUGCCAGCUAGCCCCUGAUAUUCAGCACCGAAUUAUUUCAGCACAGAAUUCUGAGCACGUUCAGGAGCUUCUGAGGCGCCGUGAGACGCAAGAAAAGAAUACCGUAAUCAAGGAGGUGGAUGAAUACUCAUAAAGGCUCAUUGAGGAACAAGAAGAAAAAGGACACCAUGUAUUUUUGGUCCAAUUCCUUCCCUUGCGCGUUUUCCCUGAGUUUCCCUCAACGAUGCAUGAAAAACAAACAAAUCGACAAUGAACUAAUGGCUUUAAAUUGCACCUUCAGUGAUUUUUUAUUAAUUAUAUUUUUUAUUAACAUUUCAAUGAGAAAGAAACUUGCCAUCAAGCUAAAAGCGACCUAAAUUGUAAAAAAAAAAAGAAUUUUCUCAAUUUCCCACGUGCUUUUGAAUCUCUUGCCAAAGGUUUGAGAAUAAAACGAGAGAAGAGCUUUUAUUUCCUUUUUGCUUCAUCCUCCAGUCUGGGAUGUAAAAUAAAACUGUGAGAGAAGAUUAUGGGAUUUGUGAUGAGAAGGAGGAGAUUUUGUGGGUGGAAGGAAUGCGUUGUGUGAGCGUGUAGUUUUUGUAUGAUUGCUUUCAGUCUAGCGCAAACUCUCCAAGAAAAAAAACAUCCUGCGGUGUCUCAUACGGCCAAAAGGAUGAAAUUAGAUAUAUUUAUUUAGUCUGUUGAGGGUUUCUUCUAUAACUCUAAAAAAAAUCUUCCUUGCAAGACAUUCCCUGAGAGAGAAAAAAAUCUAUAUUUGAGGCGAAUUUAAACACAGAAAAAAAUAAACACAAAUUGUAGAUAAAAAUGCACUUGUGUUGACUACUAAUAACAAACAAAUAAAUGAAUAUUAAAAACUGAA